AUGAAGUAUAUAACAAUUCGGAAAACGAAAGGCAAUGCGGGUGAAGUUUACUACCCCUUGGAGCUCUGUGAUGCUACGAUACCCACACCCCAACGAGGUGAAGUGCUGGUGAGGAUCUUUGCUGCAGCGCUGAACCACCGAGAUGUUUUCAUACGCCGAAACAUGUAUCCAGGAACGACAUUUGGAGUACCACUGCUUGCCGAUGGUGCAGGCAUCGUAACGGAAGUCGGGGAAGGCGUCGAUUCAAGCUGGUUACAGAAACAUGUUAUCCUGAAUCCGGGUCUUGGGUGGAUCACCAGUCCGUCAGGCCCUGAAGUCUCUGACGGUUGGUACUCGUUGCUGGGAGGGACAAAGUACUACAAGAAGGGGACGCUGGCAGAGUAUCUGACCAUCAGGGAUGACCAACUUGAAGUGAUACCGCAACACCUAAGCGCUGCCGAGGCAGCGGCACUGCCUGUCACUGGUCUAACAGCAUGGAGAGCGCUCGUCAGCAAGGCCGGCGAAAACAACUCACGCAAUGGCGCCAAUGUACUGAUUACGGGAAUUGGUGGCGGCGUAGCCCUGAUGGCACUUAUGUUUGCCGUGGCACGGGGCUGUAAUGUAUGGGUGACGAGCUCUCAUGGGCAUAAAAUCGAGGAGGCCAAGAGACUAGGAGCGCGUGGUGGCAUGAAUUACAAGGAAAAAGACUGGGAAAGCAAACUUGUCCGCGCACUGCCUCAAGAGCGGCCAAAGUUUGACGCAAUUAUUGACGGAGCCGGCGGCAAUAUAGUCGAGAAAUCUGUCACGCUACUCAAGGCUGGCGGCCAGCUUGUCAUUUACGGUAUGACACAAGCGCCGCGAAUGGAUUUCACUAUGAAGGCAGUGUUAAAGAAUAUCGAGGUAAAAGGGUCAACUAUGGGCUCAAGGGAGGAGUUUCGUGAUAUGGUAAAGUUUGUUAGCACCGAAGGCCUCCGUCCUAUAGUAUCCAAGGUCGUUGGAGACAUCGAGAACCUGGCGGAGAUUGAGGGAUUAUUCGAGGAUAUGAAGUCUGGGAAUCAGUUUGGCAAGCUAGUCAUCACUGUUCAACGACGGAUAUCAUCACAAGAUAUUGGCAAUAGCAAAUUAUAA